AUGAAUUCGCUGACGUGGAUUCUGGCAGUGUUGUUCAUCACACCCGCCGCCUCCUAUUUUAUUCAUGUUGAUGCUAAUGAGGAGCAAUGUUUCUUCGAUCGGUUGACGUCCGGAACAAAAAUGGGAUUAAUGUUCGAAGUAGCUGAAGGAGGUUUCCUCGAUAUUGAUGUCAAGAUUACCGGUCCGGAUAACAAAGAGAUUUACAAGGGAGAACGCGAAUCAUCUGGAAAGUUUACAUUCGCGGCUCAUAUGGACGGUGUUUACACUUAUUGUUUUGGAAACAAAAUGAGCACGAUGACUCCAAAAGCCGUUAUGUUCACUGUUGAGAUCACUGAACCACAUCAACAAGCUCCAGGAGCUGCUGCUAACCAAGAUGCUGCUGACAAUGCUAAACUCGAAGAAAUGGUCCGUGAAUUGUCAUCCGCUCUGAUGUCGGUUAAACACGAGCAAGAAUACAUGGAGGUCAGAGAAAGAGUUCACAGAAACAUCAACGAAAACACCAACUCGCGUGUUGUGAUGUGGGCAGCUUUCGAAGCCUUUGUUCUUGUUGGAAUGACCGUUGGACAGAUUUUCUACUUGAAGCGAUUCUUUGAAGUUCGAACGAUGGUCUAA